AUGGAGAAAGAAGAGCGAUUUCGAUUAGGUGAUUGGCACUUUCGCGCUUCUUCUAGUCGCAUCCUAGGAUCCGUGUGCAAAUGCAUCGAUAAAAGUGCUGCCGGCGACGGCCGGAAGUGCGAACUGUGCCGUUUCAGACAGACCCUGCAGUUGCCUUCGUUGCCGGACAUGGUAUUCGCCAGUAACGUACUGAAGAUUCGUCACAAGAGCGGCGGUGGCUUGACUUUCCGUGCCCUGGAUGCCUUGAGGCAAGAGUGGGCGCAAAACCGCCAGGACAUCGAGGUAGCCAAAAGUGUCGUCAAACCGUUCGACUGGACCUACACGACUGACUAUUCCGGAACUUUGAAGGGGUUUCAGGAGGUACCGACCGAGGAGAAAAUCGAUUACGAAGCGUUAACGAAGGUUCAGCCUAUUCUUUUCUAUCAGAGCCUGGACCUAUUCGAAGACGAACUGUCCGACCAUGGCUGUAGCAAGUUGCAGAUCAAACUGCGUUGCAUGCCGACCAGUUUCUUUGCACUGUUGCAGUUCUACCUGCGGGUGGACCGAGUUUUGGUGCGUGUUUACAACACGCGGUUCUUCUGGGGCGAAAGCAACGGCAACUCGAUCCUCAAGGAACACUCAGUCGUCCAGAAAUCAUACGACGAGAUGAGCACCGAGCAACGGGACGCGAUUAUGAACCCCUCGAAUUUCUCGGAGCUCACCAUGCCCUCGAAUAUUUCUACGUACCGACUCCAAAUGAAUGCUUCAUAA